AUGGCGCCAGCACUUGGUCAAAGGUAUGGAUCCUGCGCAGGGGAACGAACUCGGGUUGACCUCUGCCAGGCGUAUGGGAUAGCUGAAUUCCCCGAUCGGAAGAUGACCACCGAUUCUCUCUUCUCGACUUGUAGUACAACCAAAGCGUUCACAGCGGCAGCCAUGAGCCUGGCCAUUGACGAUAGCAAAUCUACCGAGACGCCUCUGAGCUGGGACACGCCAAUUGCAUCCAUACUGCGAGAUGACUUCGUACUACACAGCGACUAUAGCACCAUGCACACCACGAUAGAGGAUGCGCUGUCACAUCGCUCGGGGCUGUCAACUCACGACGCCUGUAUCAGUCUCGCGAAUCCCCGCAGGUCCCUCCGCGAGGCCGUGCGGAACCUGAGGCACCUCAAAAUGGCGUAUUCUCCCCGCACCACCUUUGCCUACAAUAACAAUAUGUAUAUGGCGAUUUCCCAUCUACUGGAACAAAUCGAAGGCCGCAGUCUGGGGGAGACCCUCAAGAACCGUAUUUGGAGUCCCUUGGGGAUGAACGAUACAUACUUCUCCGCACAGGAAGUGUCAGAAGACCCAUCUCUCAGACCUCGAUUGGUCAGAGGCUACACCUGGGAUUCCAAUACAAGCUCCUACAUCGCAGAACCUCGCGUAAACGACAACGCACUGACCGGUGCCGGGGCCAUAGUGAGCAGCGUCCUCGAGUACACCAAAUGGCUACGCGCACUGAUCUACCGAACAGGCCCGCUGUCACCGGAGGGACAUGCCGAGAUCUUGAAAUCUCGUACAAUCAUCACGGAUAUGAACGAGAUCAUCCAGCCCCCGGGACCGCAUCACCUCUACGCCCUAGGGUGGUUCGUAGCCAGCUAUCACGGCGAACCACUCUACUGGCACAGCGGCAGCUGGCCCGGGUUCGGGAUCAUGGUCGGAUUCCUACCAAGCAAAGGCUUCGGCUUUGCAAUGAUGGGCAACACGACCAAUGCUCGCCACGCGCAGGUAGCAAUAUACACGCAUCUUCUAGAUCAGAUGUUCGGUCCCGGUCCUGGUCCCGUUCUCUCGCCAAUGCCCACGGAAAACCCAAAGCAAUCGAUCGUCGCGUCUGAAACCAUGGACGAGGCGAUCAAACGGAUUUAUCCACGUCUGCCUGACCCUAUCAUCCCGCACUCUCUUCCCUUGCCGCAGUAUGCAGGGCAAUACGUCCACCCUGCGUAUGGAUCCAUCACUCUUGCGUUGAAGGAUAAUUACCUACGUGCGGACCUACUGGACCGUGUCAUACCUGCUCUUCUCUCCUUUACCCAUGCGAGUGGGGAGUUCUUCCUGGCAUGCUACUACCAACCCAAGUCAAUUGGUUCUAUCGCUGUGUACUACAGUGCCGAAUUCCGCGUGGGUGCUGACGCGAGUACCACGGCAGUUGGCUUGGAUCUAGAGCCUGCCUUGGGUGAGAAGAUUUGGUUUGAGCGAGCUGGUUCGAUCUAG